GUCCGGCAGUACCCUGCGAUUUAUACGCGUAUCUCACGUUUCAUUCACGUGACUAGCAGACUUUCGCGCCACCCAGUCGUGUGUCGCGCGACGCGAUUAUUUUCUAUUAUGGCGCGUAUUGAACAUACUCCAGAUUGCCACUCAAAACUCCAUCACAGAGCCAACCACUUGAAAUUACAAGGCUGCAUCCUGACUUUACUACUUCCGGGCUACAUUGGGGUUCAAUUAGGGUUCCAGAAUAUAUCCAGGUUCGCUUAAGGUUACAGGAUCCAGGUUCUUAGGUGACAUCCAGGUUCGCUAAACUACUCGUCACGCCCAUGAAAAUCCUCUGUGUGGCCGAGAAACCGUCCAUUGCCAAAGCGGUGGCGCAGUCACUCGGUGGUGGACGGGUGACAAUGCGUCAGUCAGGCAACAAGUACAUCAAGAACUGGGACUUUACGUUUCAGUUCGCAGAACACGGACAGUGCAACGUAACAAUGACUGCAGUCGUAGGCCAUAUCACGAGUCUCGACUUUCCUGCGCAGUUCGGUUGGGGCAAGUGCAACCCGGGACAGCUUUUUGGCGCCCCCAUCGUGGAGAAGGUACCGGAUGACAAGCGGAGCGUGGCGCAGAACAUCGCGAACGAGGCACGCGGUGCCGCGAAGCUCAUGAUCUGGACGGACUGCGACCGCGAGGGCGAGUACAUCGGGUGGGAAAUUCUCCAGGCUGCGCGUCAGAGCAACACCGCGCUCACGGAGGAAAAUACAUGGCGUGCACAGUUCUCGCACUUGGAGACACAGCAUGUAUGCCAUGCGGCGGCGCACCCAGUACGACUUGACCGUGGGGCGAUUGACGCGGUGCGUGCGCGCAUGGAGGUGGAUCUCCGCACAGGUGCGAGCUUUUCGCGCUUCCUCACAGAGGGCAUGAAGCGGCGGCUCCGUGGCGAGCUUAACCAGGAGGCCACCCUUUCGUACGGUCUGUGCCAGUUCCCGACGCUAGGGUUUGUGUGCGACCGCUACACGCGCGUGCGCCUGUUCGUGCCCGAGCCAUUCUGGUACCUCGAGCUUGAGACGCGCAAGGAACGCGUCAAGACGGUACUUAGCUGGGCGCGUACACGUGUGUUUGAUCGACUCGUCGCAACGGUGAUCUUCCGACAGUGCAUGCAGCUGCUGUUUGCGACGGUGACCCAUGUGGCCACCGCACCCACGUCCAAGUGGCGGCCGCUCCCGCUCACCACGGUUGAGCUCCAGAAAAACUGCGCCCGCUACUUCAAGAUGAGCGGAAAGGCCGCGCUUGACGCGGCUGAACAACUCUACCUCAAGGGGUUUGUCUCCUAUCCGCGUACAGAAACCGACAGCUUUCCGCGCGCGAUGGAUCUCCGCAAGUUGGUACAGCGGCAAACGCAGAGCGCGGUCUGGGGAGCAUACGCAACCGAAUUGGGGAACGGAAAGUUCAGCGACCCGCGCGUAGGCAAGCACGACGACAAGGCACACCCACCUAUCCAUCCGGUGGUCUUCACCGACGGCUCAGGCCUUUCUGCCAGCGAAAAAAAGGUGUACGAGUACAUUGUGCGGCACUUUCUCGCGUGCUGUUCGCAGGACGCGAAGGGCAGCCAGACGACAGUCACGCUUCAGUGGGGCCCAGAGAAGUUUUCCGCGUCGGGACUUACGGUGUUGGAGCGCAAUUUUCUCGAUGUGUUUCCAUACGUGAAAUGGGCGUCGUCCAAGGUGCUCCCGCAGUUUGUGCACGGCGAGGAGGUAGCAUUGUCACGCGCAGAGCUUAAGAGCGGUGUGACCGCGCCGCCGCAGCACAUGACGGAGCCCGAGCUAAUCGCGCUCAUGGAUGCGAACGGGAUCGGCACCGACGCGACGAUUGCUGAUCACAUCGAAAAGGUCCUAGCUCGCGAGUACGUGGUGAAGGUAGCUGCGCGCAGUGGAGCGCUCUUUGUGCCGUCAGAGUUGGGCAUGGCAUUGGUUAAAGGUUUUGACGCAAUGCUCGAGGGUGUGUCGCUCACGAAACCGUUUUUGCGUAAAGAGUUAGAAUGCGAUUUGGGCGCAGUUGUCGCGGGGCGAAAGACCAAGGACGCGGUGCUUGCGACGACGGUGGAAAAGUUCCGUGCGGUAUUUGCUGUGUGCGCGAGCAAGCAGGCAAUGUUGGUGGCGAGCUACCGGGAAGUUAUCAAGGAGAAUCAAUAGCGGGAUUGCGGCGACUCCUUACCAAUCUGCCUUUAGUGGCUUGGCCACCGCCUAGCAUGCGCAACGGCCAUGAAAUUAUGCAUUUUAAUGAAAUUAGUUAUAGAUACGAUCGACGUACGAUUGACC